GCCGAAAGCUGGGGGCGCUCAAAAACUAGGACGCUCCCAAGGAGGUUCUACUGAUCUAGGAAGGUUCGCAUCACGGCUGAUGCAGAGAACAAGAGGAUCGACUACACCGCGCAGAGGUGGAGAACUACGAGCCUCGUCAAGAACAUUAAGCGGAGAAGAACAUCCACGACCGCUUCAGACUCCGACGCGGACGAAGCGUGAACGCAGCGAAGAUGACAACCUACUUGAUCGGUCUGCAAAGUCCGGCAAGAGAUCCACAGGAAUGUCCACAGGGCGGUCGAAGACGCCUCUAACUGGUGGCCGCUUUUCUCGGAGUAGUCGUUUGCGCAGAGGACCCAGGUCUGCUUUCAGUCAGGACUUGGAGAUCGAUUCUAUGGCAAAGAAGGAAGUUCUUGAAAAGGCAAUGGCAACAAUGCACAGUACCUACCAAAACAGUGUCGGGAGUCUAAGAAACAUCUGGGGCUUAGAGGUCUAUACGCGCGAACAAGUUGCAGAGAUGAGGCGCAUCCUCACUCACAAACUAACAAACGGACCUGCUGCUAAGGUGAUGAACUCUGUUGAAACUGGAGCCAAGAUGACUUCCGCUCAUCUUAGUGUAGCGGAAAUGGAAGCGAUUGUAGCGGAUCCAUUGCGGGAGAAGGAAAUUGCGAAGCGGAUGUACGUGAGCAAGCUAGCAUGGGAAGGUGCGUUUGCCCAAACGCAUUUGGAGGAACAAAAUGAUGCCCUUCAAAGAAUUUUUUCUAAGACACAAGGUAAACAAGCGCCUCUGCGAGAGAGACUAGCCUUC